AUGGGAUCUCUUGUUAUCCCGCAGCUCAAGGAGGCCUGGCAUGUCGACCAGGCCAUCCUCUCGGAAGCUGACCGCGUUGUGGUCAUCCGCUUCGGCAAAAAUGGCAACCCCGAUUGCAUGCGUCAAGACGAUGUGCUUGCGCGCAUUGCACCAAAGGUGAAAAACUUUGCUGUCAUCUACAUCUGCGACAACCAGAAGGUUUCCGAUUUUAACGAAAUGUACGAGCUCUAUGAUCCAUGCACCAUCAUGUUCUUCUGGCGCAACAAGCACAUGAUGAUCGAUCUUGGCACUGGCGAUAACAACAAGAUCAAGUGGGUAAUUGAGGACAAGCAAGAACUCAUAGAUAUUAUCGAGACCGUCUACCGUGGUGCCAAGAAGGGUCGUGGCUUGGUUGUCAGCCCAAAGGACUACUCGACCCGCCAUCGGUACUGA